UAGAGGCGCUUGGCUGCACCAUGUUUCUCCACUCAGUCAACCUCUGGAACCUGGCGUUCUAUGUCUUCAUGGUGUUUCUGGCGACCCUGGGGCUGUGGGAUGUCUUCUUCGGCUUCGAGGAGAACAAGUGCAGCAUGAGCUACAUGUUCGAGUACCCCGAGUACCAGAAAAUAGAACUUCCAAAGAAACUGACAAAGCGUUAUCCAGCCUAUGAGUUAUAUCUUUAUGGAGAAGGAUCAUACGCUGAAGAACACAAAAUUCUCCCUUUGACAGGAAUUCCUGUUCUCUUUCUUCCUGGGAAUGCUGGAAGCUAUAAGCAAGUUCGUUCUAUCGGCUCUAUUGCGCUUAGGAAAGCAGAGGACAUCGAUUUCAAGUACCACUUCGACUUCUUCAGUGUCAACUUCAAUGAAGAACUGGUGGCAUUAUAUGGUGGAAGCCUUCAGAAGCAGACCAAGUUUGUACACGAAUGCAUUAAAGCAAUUCUCAAACUCUACAAGGGUCAAGAAUUUCCUCCCACAAGUGUGGCAAUAAUUGGUCACUCUAUGGGUGGUCUUGUUGCCAGAGCGUUGCUUACACUGAAAAAUUUUAAACAAGAUCUGAUCAAUCUUCUUGUUACACAAGCUACUCCUCAUGUGGCCCCUGUGAUGCCGUUAGAUCGUUUCAUUACGGAGUUUUAUAUGACUGUAAACAACUAUUGGAUUUUAAAUGCUCGGCACAUAAAUUUGACCACACUUUCUGUAGCUGGAGGCUUCCGGGAUUACCAAGUUCGUUCGGGACUGACUUUUUUACCGACAUUAAGCCAUCAUACCAGUGCCUUAUCUGUUGUGACCUCAGCAGUGCCUAAGACAUGGGUCUCAACAGAUCACCUCUCCAUCGUGUGGUGUAAACAGCUGCAGCUGACGACAAUUCGAGCGUUCUUUGAUCUUAUUGAUGCCGAUACCAAACAAAUAACUCAGAAGUCUAAGAAGAAAUUGUCUGUUCUGAAUCACCAUUUUAUAAGACACCCAGCUAAACAGUUUGAGGAAAAUCCGUCCAUAAUUUCUGACCUAACAGGGACAUCUAUGUGGGUUCCAGUAAAAGUGUCCAGAUGGUCCUAUGUGGCUUAUAAUGAAUCUGAUAAGAUUUACUUUGCAUUUCCUCUUGCAAAUCAUAGAAAGGUCUACACUCACGCCUACUGUCAGAGCACCAUGCUGGACACAAAUAGCUGGAUUUUUGGCUGCAUAAACAGCACUUCCAUGUGCCGGCAAGGGGUUGAUUUGUCCUGGAAAGCUGAACUGUUGCCAACAAUCAAGUCUCUGACGCUAAGACUUCAAGACUAUCCAUCCUUGUCGCAUAUUGUUGUCUACGUACCGUCUGUCCACGGAAGCAAGUUUGUUGUAGACUGUGAAUUCUUUAAGAAAGAAGCAAGAUCCAUACAGCUUCCCGUAACCCACCUAUUUUCUUUUGGAUUGUCUUCCAGGAAGGCCAUAAUAAACACGAGCGGCCGGUACUACAACAUAGAGCUGCUGAACUUGGGACAGAUAUACCAAGCUUUUAAAGUCAACGUGGUCAGCAAGUGCACUGGAGGCAAAGAAGAAAUAACUAGUAUCUAUAAACUUCAUAUUCCCUGGUCUUAUGAAGAUUCUCUAACCAUUGCACAGGUUCCAUCUUCCGUAGACAUUUCUCUGAAGCUUCAUGUUGCUCAGCCAGAAAAUGACAGCCAUGUGGCACUGUUAAAGAUGUACACAUCCUCAGACUGUCAGUAUGAGGUGACGAUCAAGACUUCCUUUCCACAAAUACUGGGACAGGUAGUUCGAUUUCAUGGUGGAGCUCUUCCUGCCUACGUCGUCUCUAGCAUCCUUCUGGCCUACGGAGGACAGUUAUACUCUCUCCUCUCAACAGGUUUUUGCUUAGAAUAUGGUACCAUGUUGGAUAAAGAAGCCAAACCAUACAAAGUUGACCCAUUCGUAAUUAUGAUUAAGUUUUUGUUGGGGUAUAAAUGGUUUAAGGAAUUAUGGGAUGCAGUGUUAUUACCGGAAUUAGAUGCCAUCGUUUUGACUAGUCAGAGUAUGUGUUUCCCUCUGGUGUCCCUGAUCCUCUUCCUGUUCGGAACGUGUACUGCGUACUGGAGUGGUCUGCUCUCUUCCGCAUCCGUACAGCUUCUUUCCUCAUUGUGGCUGGCUCUGAAAAGACCUGCUGAACUUCCUAAGGAUGUCAAAGUGAUGUCACCAGACCUGCCCGUUUUGACAGUUGUCUUCCUCAUAAUCAGCUGGACGACUUGCGGGGCACUUGCCAUACUUCUGUCUUACCUGUACUAUGUGUUUAAGGUUGUUCAUCUGCAAGCCAGCCUAACAACAUUUAAAAAUAAUCAGCCAGUGAAUCCCAAACACUCCAGAAGAAGUGAGAAAAAGUCCAACCACCAUAAAGAUUCUGCCAUACAGAAUCCCCGCUUAUCUGCUAAUGAUGCUGAAGACAGCCUUCGCAUGCACAGCACCGUGAUUAACUUGCUGACGUGGGUCGUGCUGCUCAGCAUGCCGUCCCUGAUCUACUGGUCAAAGAACCUUAGAUAUUACUUUAAACUUAAUCCUGACCCAUGCAAACCCCUGGCGUUCCUGCUUAUUCCAGCAAUAGCGGUUCUUGGAAACACUCACACAGUUUCAAUAAAGUCAAGUAAAUUGCUGAAGACCGCCUCCCAAUUCCCACUUCCUCUGGCUGUCGGCGUGAUCGCUUUUGGCUCCUCCCACUUAUACAGGGUCCCGUGUUUUGUGAUCAUUCCUCUUGUGUUCCACUCAUUAUGCAACUUCAUGUAGGACGCGCAAAGACGGAGAAGCGGCUCAUGCCUUUAGGACCAGUGACACAGUGAACACACAGCCCCAGCCAGGAACAGGGAGGUCCUCUGGAGAAGACAAGUCUAUUUUUGCAGUAUUGAAGAUAGGAAAUUAGUUUUGUACGUAAGGCGUGAGGGAGGUAGUCGGAGCAUGGUUCCAGUUCGUGGUGUAGCAUCUCUAUACUUGUCGUAUCUGAAAAAUUUGAAGGGACGUCGUGGCGUCUGUCUUAAGGACUCCUGUAUAUACCAACCAUCAGCCAUCCCAGAGACCUUCUAAAGACCUAUAGAUGCAGUGUUGCUUGCAGUCUAAGUGAAACUCCCGCUAGUUUCAUAAGACUUUCUUUAGAAAGUGAGUUUUAUAUUUGUUAUGAUUUACAUAUACAAAAUAAGUCUUAAGAGAUUGUUAAAAAAUGACAGUUGUUUUCUCAGAAGUAAAAUACUCGUGAAGGA